UGGUUGUUUGUUACGCUUUACUUUGGCUUCUCCUGUUCUAGGUGCUAAGCUGAUCAAAUAGGUGCUAAGCCUGGUUUGCUAACUCGGGUUCCGGACUCAAGCGAAAUAACCCUAUAGCCUUCAAAUGGCGAAGCCACUGAAGCUGUAUUACUUUGAACUUCCCGGCCGAGCGGAGGUGGCGCGCCUGUGCCUCACAAUCGGCAACAUCCCAUUUGAGGAAGUGAUUAUUGACGGCAACAACUGGCCCGAGUACAAGCCGAAGACGCCAUUUGGCCAGGUUCCCGUGCUCGAACUGCCCGAUGGCAAGAUGAUUGCGCAGAGCGGAGCCAUAGAGCGCUACGUGGCCAAGCUGGCGGGGCUGUACCCCCAGGACCCGCUGCAGGCGGCGCUGGCGGACCAGGCAGUUUUCCACAUGGCGGACAUAUGGGAGCCGUUCGCGGCCACCUUCCGCCUGCCCUCCCCCGAGGAGAAGGUGCGGGCGCGUCAGGAGCUGCUGGCGGGGAAGGCGAAGGAGAAGCUGACGCAGCUGGCCAGGCUGGUGGAGACCUCGGGGGGCGAGUUCAUCGCGGGGGGGGACCAGCUGUCGUACGGCGAUGUGGCGGUCUUCGUGUGGCUGAGCAACAUGGUCUGCGGGCUGCUGGAUGGUGUGCCCCCCACGCUGCUGGACGACUAUCCCGCCCUCAAGUCCUUCCGCAACAAGAUCGCCAGCAUCCCGGAGAUCAAGGCAUACUACGAGAAGCGCGGACAGGGCGCUCGGGCGGCGUUCAAGCCGGACGCCGCCGCCGCUUGAACCUCACUCUCCCGGAAGGCGUGGAGACAAGCAGCUCGCUGCGGGCUGGAGCUGCAUCGGCCUGCAUUGGCAUGAAGGCGGGGUGGAGUGUUAGCAUGCUUCGUUGGAUGGGCGCGGGAUAGCCUAUUAUAGCCGUAUUGAAUGCUGAUAGAUACGUCGGGGAAGGAGCCUGGGACGGUACUUACAAGGGGGGUGCGGAAGCAACGGGAGACUUUAUCGCAGGAGGAGAGGAGCGCCGCUUGUGUAUAUGUCCGGUAUAUAGCUGUCGAGAGAGAUACGCCUUCCGUGGUCAGUAUUGUGCGUCAUGUGCUUUAAGACCCAUGGGUCAUCGCCACUGUUGCCCAUUAAGUUGUAGUCCCCAUGCAUACUUUAUACGUAAGCUUUGCUCCUGCAGAAGUCGUUGGUGCCUUGCGGCAUAUACCAUGUGCUGGCUCACAGUUUGGAGGCCGAGAGGGUCGGGACUUACUUCUCUGCGUUGUUGUGGCUGACUUGUUGUGAGCUAAGGAGCCGUGCUGCUGUUACACAGUGUGUGUUUUAUUACAAGUGGCAGCGCGAAUGUGCUGCAGGGGCAGCGCGGGAGGAGGCUGAAGGAGAUUUGGCAGAGAGAAUUAGCAGCUUUUCGUUGCGCUUUACGUACUAUGCUGUUGCUCUAUACGGAGUUGCUGGCGACUUGCCUUACGCCCGUUUAUGUUCUCCGGCGGGGGCCUCGCACCUUCACUGGUGGAAAGCUAAACUCGUUGCGGUCCCAAGGCG